CUGCCCACCCAAUCCCUCUCUCUCUCUCUCUCCCUCCCUAGGCCUUCCUCCACACUUUAUUCGUUUCGCAAUUCGCAGACAGAGAGAGUGAGAGAGACGCUCGCGCGAGAAGAAUUGUUGCUUUCUGGUGGAGGGAUUCCCUCGUUGCUGCUGCUGCUGCCGCCCCGCGUUUUCCAUCGAUUCGGAGGGCCUCUGGGUGGUUGGGUUCUCCUCCCGGUGGUUGAAUCUCAUCUGGGUCCGCGCCAUUUCGCCUCGCCUCGCGGUUCUUGAUUUCUUGAUUCCUUGAUUGCCCACCUGCCGAAAACCCACCUGCGUUCGCCUCUUCAUCUCCGCCUCCGGCUUCUCCUCCCCUGUAUCGGAUCGCUUGCGGUUCUGGGUCGGUCUAGGCUUCGGCUCCCCUCAUCUGGGUUCGGGCGCUCGGCCGGCGUUCGGUCUUCGGUCCGGCUGAUCUUCGCUCUGCUAGUAGGACUUAAGCUAGCACCACCUUGGGGUGUGAUUUUAAGCUCUUUUAUGAAUUGCGGUUACAGCAUAAAGAAUCAAAAUGGAUAGGGAAAGAUAGCACUAGAAGAGGCAGGAGGCACAAACAACCUGGAGAUCCAUAUGUGACCAAAGAGUUCAUCAUGCGGGCAGUUUCCAAAAACACUGUUAUGAGUAUGGAGGCUUACAGGAACCAGGCCGAAGUGUUGGUCAAAGGCUAUCUAUUAGCUGAUACCUUACUUCCAUUUACGUCCGUUGUAGCUGGCAUUUUGGCUUGUAAAUUGGUGUAUGAUCUCACCCAGUUAGUCAGUAUGUUUUACUUCAAAACUUAUGCAAGUCUGACAAAAGUACAACGCAUCGAGUGGAAUAACCGUGGUAUGUCAACAGUCCAUGCCAUUUUCAUCACAACCAUGUCACUAUACUUUGUGUUCUGGUCUGAUCUCUUCUCUGAUCGACUUGCUGGGCCUGUGACUUUUCGACAUUCGCCUCUGUCUACUUUUCUUCUUGGGGUUUCUGUUGGGUAUUUUCUUUCAGAUCUCGGAAUGAUAUUUUGGCUCUAUCCUUCUUUAGGUGGAAUGGAGUAUGUUAUACAUCAUUCACUCUCUGGAAUUGCUGUAGCAUAUUCUAUGGCUUCUGGGGAAGGGCAGCUUUAUACAUACAUGGUCCUUAUCUCUGAGAUUACGACUCCAGAGAUCAAUAUGAGAUGGUUUCUCGACACUUCUGGGAUGAAGAAGUCUGGUGCGUACCUCAUUAAUGGCGUGGUCAUCUUUAUUGCCUGGUUGGUAGCAAGGGUUCUUCUGUUCGUUUACUUGUUCUACCACGUGUAUUUGCACUAUCAUCAGGUCAUUGAGAUGCACAUAUUCGGGUAUCUAUUGGUCUUUCUGGUGCCGGCAGCGCUGGCAAUCAUGAACUUGAUGUGGUUUGGGAAGAUCAUCAAGGGGUUGAUGAAGACAUUAGCUAAAAAGCGGUGAAGAUCACACGCUUGUUCUGCUACGUGCCCUCCUACAUUCUCUGUUGUAAAAGUUGUGGUUGCCCUCAUAGUAAGAAGUCUUAAAAGCUCACAGAAUCAAUAGGAUCAUCCAACCGACCGACAAUCACGUUACUGUACAUGUCUAUAGUUUCAUUACAAUCUCACGAGUCAUUACUUACUAUUUUUUACCCCCCCUUAAUUAUCGAUAACGCUAGCAGAAUUCUGAAUUCCGAUGCCUUAAUCCCGGACGUAUCAUAUAAUCGAAAGCUAUAAGGUCUUCUGACUCUCUGGACUGGUGGUGCUGAAUCUGCUGAUUUUCCUUCACUGGGGUGUCGUGAUUUUGUAGUCU